GAUGCUUUUAUUGAUAUUUGACCUAAACAAAAAAGAGUUUGCAGGGUGUUAAUUGGUUUUACUACAGCUGUGAAAGCACAAACAUUUUGGGGACUUAAAAAUAACUUCUCAGAAGUACCCAGUGACUGGAAAAAAAGCAGUGAGUGCAAAUUGAAACACAAGAAAUUCCAUCUUUGUUUUUUAAUUUACUGUGAGGGUGGCUGAACAGUGGAAGGGAUUGCUCAGGGCAUCUGUGGAGUAUGUAUCUGUGAAGAUAUUCAGGACCAAGCUGAAUGCUGGCCUGGACAACCUACGUAAACAGGGAAUUGAAGAAGAGGAUCUCAAGAAGACCUUCCAACUUCUAUGAUGCUGUGAACUAAACCCGUAGAAAGCAGAAGUGGUCUGUGGAUCCACAAAAUAGCGCUUGGAGUAAAGAUGAUUCUAAAUUUGGCCAGAAGAUGCUGGAAAAAAUGGGCUGGUCCAAGGGAAAGGGUCUUGGGGCUCAGGAGCAAGGAAAUACAGAACAUAUCAAGGUUCAGGUGAAAAACAAUACGCUGGGGUUAGGAGCAACCAUGAAUUAUGAGGACAACUGGAUUGCUCAUCAGGAUGACUUCAACCAGCUUCUGGCUGAACUGAAUAACUGCCAUGGACAGGGUGAAACAGAGUCCUUAGUGGAAACUCAGAAGAAGACAUUCAAUCUUGAGGAAAAAUCCAAAUCUUCCAAGAAACGUGUCCAUUAUAUGAAGUUUGCAAAAGGUAAGGAUCUCUCUUCACGCAGUGAAGAUGAUCUGUCCUGCAUAUUUGGGAAGCGACAGAAGAAUAUGAAGACACAGAAGGAUCCAGAGUCUCAGGAAGAGAAGCAGAGAAACCACUGUCCAUCUGAGCCUGCAGAUGGUUACAAUACAGUGAAGAGUGUUCUCACUGUCCAGGAAUAUUUUGCCAAGCGCAUGGCAAAACUGAAGGGACCUCAGAAGGAAACAGAAGCAGAGGUAGACAGUUCCUGCCCAACAGCUGAUGAAACUUUGGAGCCUUCAGAAGAACUGCAAACCAAAGUCAAAAAGAAAAAGAAGAAGCAGAAGAGAGAUGAGGUAGAGGGUACAGAGCAUUGUGAGAAACUGAAAGUGAAGCAACAUAAGAUGGGUAGCUUGAAUGGCAAGGAACUGGAUGCUCCGUUAAAUGAACAUCACUCAGGGAAAAAGAAAAGGAAACACAAAGAGGAACACAUUAGUUGUGAUCAAAAUGUGGGCAACGGGGAAGUUUAUAGGGGAGGAACUGAUGAGGAAGAUCUCGGCAUAACGGACUGUGAGACAAAGCAAAAGAAACGCCAUAAGAAGAAACACAAAAAGCAGAAAGAGGAGACAGAUGAGUGUGUGGAAGGAAUGCAGAGAAAGAAAAAGAAGCACUGCAAGCAUGUUUAACCAUUUCAGAGCCCAGCUGGGACUCUGAGGUGGUUUGAACUUUAGUGUGUUAGAGAAGUCUGCGUAAAUGCUCCAGCCAGACAUCCCAUUGUUAUCCAGUCUUGAGCACAAGGUGCUGCCUCCAGCUGAAACCAGACUGUGCUGCCUCCAGCUGAAACCAGACUGUGCUGAAGUAUAGCUCUUUUAAGGGAGAACAUGAUGACAGGCCAACAUGUUUCAAGGGUAUCCACCUGUUGUAGGGCCAAGGCAAAGCAGGACUUAAAAUCCUAGAGUCAUGGAAUGGUUUGAGUGGGAAAGGGACUUAAAAGUUCAUCUCAUUCCAAACCCUUCCAUGGGCCACCAGGGAUACCUUCCACUAAACUAGAUUGUUUGAAGCCCCAUCUAGCCUGCCCUUGAACACUUCCAGGGAUGCUUUUUUCAUAAAAAAACAAUUAGACUUUGCCUGUUCCAGUAUGGAAGAGCUAUGUUUUAACACAGCAGACCCUGUGCCUCCUUCAGCCCAGGUUCACUCUGGUGCAGCUCCAAGUCGGAUAACAGCAAGUAAAAUCAGGCCUGGUUUUAACCACUGUGGUUAAGACUGUGAAAGGCAGUGACUUAUUUAUUAUCUGCUGCCUCACACUGACUGUGUUUUUCUCAAUCAGGAAUUAAAAAAAAAAACCACCUCACCCCACUACUGCCUUUACAUUAUGAAAGCCACCAUUGUUCUCACUUUUGAUAGCACAUCUCUGCUUUUGGAACAGGAGGGAUGUUGCAAAGCUGUGUAUAUUUUUUUUCACUGACUCUUGGAAAAUUGUGUCCAAUUUUUCUUUUUCCAUUGGUCUCCUUUCCCAUGUGAAAUGAACAUUGUUUCUUGCCAAAAUACUUAUUCUAAUUAAAGGUUUACACCUGAGUGUCAGUACUAAAGAACUAAAUAAAAAUAUCUCCCUUUGUUUCCUACCCAGUUGUUAACUAUUGUCAAGCAAUUGUGACUUUGCAGCAAAGCUGAAGGAGCCGCGCCUCUGUUAAAUACACCUACAUCUUUGGUCCCCAGGUGAUAUUCAGGGUACCUUCAGUGAUGCACCUGUCAUUAAAACAGUUGUCCUGGAUAGAACAAGGGGUUUUUUUCCUGUAAUUGGGAGACCAAAUAGAUUUUAAGAGCAUAACUGGUCAUAUGAAUUUGUGUUGCCACUUAGUCGUUGAAAACCUGCAGCUUAUUUCUAAUUGUAAACCUGGAUACAAGUAAUGCUGGGACUCAGCACUGCCAUAAGCAGUUUUAUAUGUAGUCUUAAAACAUUCAGCAUGAAUUUUGUCAUGUUAAUCUUGCUCAGCUAAGAGCUGUCAGAAGAGACAGGUGAGCUUGGAAGCGAAGUGGUGGGAUGGGAAGAAGUACUCACUGUGGUGAAGUCUGGUUCUGAUGUUGCUUUGGUCACCACAAAGUGACAGCAGAACCCUAAGAGCCGGCCUGUUGUCAUGGCAUAAUCCAGAGGAGCUGACCACAAUCCAAGUCCAUUAGCUGCUUGUUUGGGUUUGGGGCUGGCCGUGUUUCAUCACUGUAAAUCCAAAACAUCCCAUUGGCUUGCUCUGCUGAAUAAAAUGGGUACUUUGGGGGGUUUUUAUUGUCUUAGCUCAGCUGAGUUGCUGAAUGUGGUUUGAAAAGUAUUGUCAAGAUGCAGAUGUUAAUAUGAAAAGAUUUCCCGAAGCUUUGCCUUUAUUGUCCAGUGGAAGAAGCUUUGCCUCACACAGCCCUCAUGGCUUCAGAUGUUUUGGUAGCAACUGAGCUCUCUUUUUUAAGACACCCUGGUUUGCAACUGGCACCUUUCUUGCCCUCAGGACAUUCUCAUUCAUUGCAGCAGAAUUACUGUGUUUUACUUCUUGUAAAGGGAGAACAAGAUGCCUUUCUCUGUGUUUCAAGCUGUCCUGCCAGCAGUUUUUAACCCUUACAGCAUUUGCUUUUCGGCACUGUCAGAAAUAUUAGCCAUUAUGAUGUGUGCUGUGGCUGGGCUUGGUCCCUGACUUCCUUAAGUGAAACACCACUUAAUACGACAAGAUUGCUGUAGAACUGCAUGUCAGUAAGCUCCAUGCUUGAGGUGAAAAAAUAAUCUCUGUGGAAAAAGACAGCAAAAGAGUUUUUCAUGUUAUGUUGGAGCAUCCUAAAUUUUAUGGGUCCCCUGCAAAGCAGCCCAUCUCAUUUCUGACUCACCACAAGUUUAGAUUUUGGUUUCUUAGUAGAAGCCAAAAGUCUGACUUGUUUUAAGUGGAUUUUUUUUUUUUUAAACUCCCAAGCAGCUAAACUUUAGAGUCUCUCUGGGAUUUCAAUCUAAAAAGGUGCUAGUCAAGGAGUAAGGUUUCCUUCUCCAAAUACUGCUGGACUUGUUUGUUUGUUCUCUUCUAUUAAUCUUCCAUGAGUUUCUGUGUGCUAAUUCUUACAAAUGUUUGGACAAAUUCCAGGGUUAGUUACAGAAAGAAUAAAACCAGGAAUAAAUCUUUAAAUUUAUGGUGUUACUACAAUUAAGUACAGUGUACCUAAGAUUGAAAUCGGGCUCCGGUUGAAGCGUCAGCUGCAAGUAGAAGAUUCUCUAUUUGUGCACAAGGAGCAGGGGAAAUUUCAGUGUAUCCCAGGAAGUGGGAUUUUCAUGUGCCUCAAGCUCGAAGGAGAAAGAGCAGAAUAUGGAGUUUAGGGGUGUGGAAAUCAUAACAGAUGAGUAUUUGAAACGAGCAGUUUGUUUAGGUGCUCUGCUCUGUGUGUAUUAGUGGUCGACCAAUUUUGAGGUGCUCAAUGAGAAACUCUUCUUACCAGAUGCUGUCCAGUGAGGCAGAUGAUUGAAACAACGUGUUUCAAAGUAAUAAAUAAUAAUUCUUUGUUUGUUUAUUUAUAGUGGGCUGUGAGUCCUGUUUUAACCAAACUCUGAUUUGACAAGAAGGUCUUUUUUUUUUUUUUUUUAGAAAGCGUAAGACAAAUAAUUGUGUCAUUACCCAGCUGGUGAAAUCAACAGAAUGUCAGCACUGAGAAAGUCACUUGGUUUCGUUUCUGUGGAAAGGAGACUUAAAAACAUGUCAUGGAUUUGUCUGUUUUACUCAGCACAAAAUGAGGUACCUCCGAGCGUAAUCACCUGGAAAUGAAAGCAAAAUUCGAGUUGCCACUCUUGCUUUCACUUCCAAAUGGGGAAUGGUGCACACAUCUGGGAUUUUAGUGAUCCCCGGUCACCAGUGACACAGAAGAAAACUCUCCGUUUUGCCUUGGGAGCCUCGGCAGGUGAUGGUUUGUGGUGAGUGACUUCUGUUCCUUGCAGGUACACUCUUCACUUUUGAGCCUCGGAAUUAACUGUCAGUGCAGGGGUUUCUUGGUGCCAAAGCACCAGGAUUUGCAUUUGCAGUUUUGGGAACAGCAAUAUUUAUAGGCUGACUUUUGUGCUUGUGAAUACCUGCAAGCACAAAACUCCAUCCUUGAAGGUCGAGGCCAUGUAAAAUUUGUCUGUUAUCGGCAUGGGUCCAAAGUCUGCUUGAGCUUUAUGGGCUUCAGGUGGUUUGAUCUGGCUGUGGGCAAUGCUGCAGAGCCUUCCUCCCAGCCAAGGGUGGGAGAUGGUGCUGGUGGACGCUGCCGAGAUGUGUGGAACCGGCACGGGGCCUUGAAUUUCUUUCCAAAACAUAUUACCUGUAGUGCUUUACCCACAACCAGUGUAAAGCAGAAGUAGUGACAACCAGGGUUAAUUUAAAGCAUCGCUGCAUAUUGCUAUUGAAAACAGCUUUCAAGGCAACCCAUGAAGAUUUCAGAGCUGCCAGUCUUAUGUCUGUGGAAAUUUCUUGAGUUGAAAUGAGUUGCAUGAGUUUUGAGGUUUAAGAAAUGCAUUUGGGGACAGUUACUGUUCAAUUAACACAGUUUUCCUCGAAGCAAUUCUGGUGCUGCCUUCUUUCAAACAAAUCAGCUUGCGACAAAGAAAAUUAGCUGAACGCACUGACAUAAUUAAACUAUUUUCUCCUGUUUAAACACACACGAUUGAAGUUCUUGAAGUUCUUGAGGCAUCCACCUUCAAAAGGCACAAUUCACGUCACAAAACCUCCAAACCUGCCAGCGCUAAAGGGAGGAAGGAAGCUCCAAGAAGAGAGGAAAACCACGCAGGGCCUAUUGGAAGCACUGUGUAAUGUUGCGCCUGGCAUUAAAAAAACAUCUUAAAGUGCUGUGUCCUCAAAGGGAGUGAGACUUGGUAGUGCCUGAAGCAGCCCUUUGCUUAGUUUCUCCUGCUUCUUAGUUUCUCCUCUCUCAUGCUGCUCCUGGGCCAUGUGAGGUUUGCUGCCACCAAGGGUUUUAGUGGCCAAGGAUUUGAGCCUCACAGAGCACUUGGACAGCAACCGAUCCCAUGCAGGGAUUAGCAAACUUGUGCUUCCAAAAGGGAAACUUUUAGGGGUGUGGGACUGGAGAAUAUGGUAAAAAGAACAAACAUUCAUGGUGGUAGAAGCAGGGAGGUUGUUCCAAACCCAAAUUGAAGCUUGAUUUCCUGGCAAGUCAGAGAUUAAGUUCUGCUUCUGAGCCACUCCAAGCUAUUUUUUUUUCUCACCUUAAUCCAUUUUUACAAUUUCUAACAUGUAAGAGAGGAGUUG